ACUAAGAAAGAAAGCAAGCUAAAAGAGAAUAAACCAUGAAGAGCCCGUACUGGCAAACGCUACUUAAAAAAACAAACAUGCUUCAAGUCAACGAAUUUACAUCCAAGAGCGGGGAAGUAAAAUACCUGCAGAGCGAGCUAGAAAACGUCCAUUUGGCGGAAGAUUUUGGUGCCAUUUUCUACAGAGCUAGAAGCAAAGAAGAACUUGAUGCUAAUUCGAUCACAUCUGUACUCAGUGGGUCGUCCUUACCUGGUUGGAUCGCUGAUAACUGUGCCGCACUUGAAAACUUUGAUUUACAACGUUGCUUUUCAAUCGUUAUAACAACAGAUAAACAAAACUGUAGUGCUAUUCACUUGGUGGCAAAUACGGCAGAUACCGCGUCAUGCUGGGUUAAUGGACUUCAUUGCCUCAUUCAAAACAGGGCUAAGGUUGCAGAAGGCGAGGCAAGGAGAAAUCUGUGGCUAGGAGAGAUCUUUAAGCAAGUUUGCCACGACAAGUACGAACAGUUGCCGUACGACGAUGUUCAGAACUUUUUCAAAACCCACAUUUCAUUGAAAAUAAACAAUGAAACAUUCCGAAGUAAAACGAAAGACUUCCUCCGGAUGAACAAGCGAAAAGAACGCCCAGAGGAUUUCACAUUUAAUAAGGAAGACUUUAUUGAGUUUUACAAGUUCAUUUCGAAACGAAAGGAAGUCGAUCUGUUGUUUAGAAACGUGUCAUCGAAUGGAGCCUGGGUCACGGUCGAUGAUCUUGAGGAUUUCAUGACGAAGGAUCAACGCUUUGACGUCACGCACAAGACAUGCAAGGAAUUAAUCAAGAAAUUCGAGGUUUCUCAACGAGGGAAAGCACAGUUACAGCUGGGAAUAGAUGGUUUUUUGUCUUUUAUUAACUCUCAACAUGCUAGUCUUUUUAACCCUGCUCAUGAGAAAAUCUACCAAGACAUGAAUCAACCCCUUUCGCACUACUUCAUAGCGUCGUCACACAACACCUAUUUGCUUGGACAUCAGUUGAAGGGGAGCUCCAGCGUGCAGGCAUAUCGAGAUGUCCUGGAGAGGGGGUGUCGGUGUGUUGAGCUGGAUUGCUGGGAUGGGGACGAUGAGGAGCCUAUAGUAUACCACGGCCACACCCUAACAUCCAAGGUCCUAUUCAAGGAUAUUGUGCAGGCAAUUAAAGAGAGUGCAUUUAAGGUAUCACCUUACCCUGUCAUAGUGUCUCUGGAGAAUCACUGCUCUGUGCAGUUCCAGAUAAAAAUGGCUGAACAUUUGAAAGGGAUCCUUGGCAGUCUGCUCUACACCACCCCUGUUGACUUCACUUUGGAUGCCCUACCCUCCCCAAAGUUUUUCCUGAACAAGAUUCUGGUCAGAGGAAAGACGGGAAAAAGCAUAGUUGAUGAUAAGGAAAUGGACAAAGAGAUUGAUUCAUUUGACAGAAAAGUUCAAAUCGAAAGAUCAGUGCAAGAGACAGACUUUCGAGGGAGUAAGGUAUCUAACAACAAUAGAACAUUAGCUGGACAAGAUACACCCAAAUCUCUUGAUGACCAUCUAUCAGUGGCUAGUCUGGGCCAAAAGCUGAGUCCACAAUCCAGCCCAAGAAGUAGACGCAGGAAAAUGAGCUGGUCUAGAGCCAAGGAACAUGUUGCUGAUGAAUUAUCACAGCUUAUCAACUACAUCUCUAAUGAAAAAUUCAAGAGUUUCAUUGAGUCUAUGGAAAUGGGUCACUUUUCACAAACACAUUCUUUUGUUGAGAGUGAAAUGCUGUAUUUCCUGGAUAAAAGUGCAUCUGAAUUUGUAGAAUUCAACAAGCAUCAGAUAAGUAGAAUUUACCCUGGCAACCUAAGGGUUGAUUCAAGUAACUACGACCCAAUUAAACCUUGGACUGUUGGAUGUCAGAUUGUUGCAUUAAACCAUCAGACAAAUUCAGAGGAAAUGCAACUACAUUAUGGCAAGUUCAGACAGAAUGGGAACACAGGAUAUGUUCUCAAGCCAAAAUUCCUCCGUGACCCAGAGUUGACAUUUGAUCCUGACCCACAGGAUGGAAAAUUCCCAGGUAUUCAACCCAAACGCCUCCAGCUGACAGUUAUCAGUGCCUUUCAACUGCUGGAAAUAGAAGAGUCCUGGUCUUUGGUCCGAGAUGAACCUGACCCCUACGUCCAGGUAGAAGUUCAUGGUGUACCUGCUGACAAGGCAACAUUUACCACACAUGGCCUUACCGACACCACCUUAAACCCUGUCUGGAAUGAAGAGUUCCAGACAAUUGUUCAUGUCCCAGAGCUGGCAAUGGUCCAAUUUGUGGUAUAUGAUGAGGACUAUGGAUUUGAUGAUUUUCUGGGGCAGGUUGUUAUCCCAUUUGAAUCUCUGAUGGAGGGCUAUCGGCAGAUCCAGUUGUUGGACAUGUCUGGUCUGCCACUUCCUGGCACUACUUUGUUUGUCCACGUCAAAAUAAGUGACACUGACUUGCAGGCUAUUAUCUAAGGAUCUAUCCACAGUCAGUCAGCCAAUAUAUCCCAGGCUUUCUGCCAAUGCAGAAGUGAAAUAAUUUUUUUGAAAUUACAGAAACUUGGACUAGCACAAAAAAAACAAGGUUAACUGUUCCCAAAAUGUAUAUUGAGUGUAGUAGCACCUCUAUUUACUCUCAAGUAACUCUUAAGUAGUUACCUCAACCUCUGAUGCAUAAAACUUAAAUGCAGUUAUAAUAUUCUGCUACUCUCGCAGACGAUUUACAAUUGCCAAAUCACCUUCUGGUUGCCACAUCUCUCACUGGCCAAUCAAAAAGCUCAAGCAAAAUUCAAUUAGUUUAAAUGAUAAAAGCCAGAACAAUGUUUAUCAGUUAGGAAUUGCUGACAAUAGCUCCCCUUAAAAUGGCAGUUUGCAUUGAAAAUGGCAGUGACCUACAGUAAUAAUAUUUGUGUAUCAAUGUAUAAAGGUUCAAAAAGGGGUAAAUACAAAAAGCCCAAAUAGUCGUGUUCGUAAACCAGUUUUUGGUUCAAAAAGAGGAAUACAGAAGGAUACUUGCAAAUAUGGUCCUUUUUUAUAUGCAAACUUACUCUUCAGAUCAUAUCUCCUUGUAUAAUAAUAUUGUGUUUGAAGUACAUUAAAUAAAAGAGAAAAGAAAAUCA